AUGUCGUCGACGCGAGCACCAGAGACGGACCACCAACUCGGCCCGUAUUCCCGCUACCGGGACUUGCCCGAGGAUGAAAGUCGGGUGACCGAGGACGAGUACUACGCGGACGACAUUGCGGCGUUCAACCGCAUUGGAAACUACUUUGACGAAGAAGCUUCCUUUUGCCCCAGUGGCGCUUCACGAUGCUCGUAUUACGACGACGACUGGUCCUACUACUCGGAGCGGUCGUACGUUUCCGGAGAGCGGUCGUACUAUUCAGAUGAAGAACGCUCGUACUAUUCAGAUGAGGAACGCUCGUACUAUUCAGAACCAGAGGACGAAGACGAACAAAUCGACGGAACCGAAGCACAAGAGUUGCGAUCCACCCCUGAAAUGGGCCAGCCGACAGGUGAAAACGACAGAGACUCCAAUUCCGAGGCCAUGCAAGCCGAGGCAAAUUCACGACUAGCUGAAGCCCAAGUCUCACAUGAUGGUAAAGACGAAGCACCUAGCGGUUCUGGCUUGGAAAAAGAAGAUGAUGAACUCGACUGCAAGCCAAAAGCAAAAGAUGGACCUCAAUCAUCUUCACGUGAUGGGGAGAUCCCCCAGCUGAGCACCGAGAUGGACCAAGGCGAAGCGUGGGUGGCUGAGUUGAUCCCCGUGCUCGGGUCAAUGGGAGCAACAAACAGCACGCAGCAGCCUAUGGAGAGUAUACAACCAGCGGGAGACGAUGCCAGCGUCGUCGUCGGCCCAGCGGCGGCAGCCACAUUGCAAAUUGAUGAAGGUUGGGCAGCUUCGGUUGACUUACCGGUAGAGGCGGGGCAAGAGGCCGCUGGCAGACCCGAUGAGGCCAUUGUCAAUCCACAAGCCCCGGAGCUAUUGCCAUUGUUUGCUCGACCCAUCGAUAUCGAUGCAAGACCCAACAUCCCUGCCGAUGACAACGACGACAGAUCUUACUACACGAAUGAGGGAUCUUACUACUCGGGAUCCUACUCCAACCAUGAGGGAUCUUACUACUCAGGAUCUUGCUAUAGCCUGCGUUCCCCAUUGAUUUACACUUCGUCUUGGGAACGAAAUGAUGGACUGGCAUUCUACAACCUGGACUUGAAGGUUAUGGAUGAAUCGUCUCCUCGGAGACAAUGGCUUGGGACUUGUGGGAAUUCAUUUUCGGUUUACGCAAGCCUCACUUACCGCCCUACCAGCAAGGUGCCAAUCACAGGAAUCACAGCGUUGGACGACGAGAUCUGCUCCUACCUACCCGCAAAAGAACCGGUUGGCUUCCUGAGGGGGACACUCUACCGCCCACCUUUUCGAUCUUUUGGCUCUUCGGAGGAAACGAGGCAUCCACUCCACCAUGUAUGCCGCAUGUUUUUCAGCGAAGACGGACAAACCGUGCUAGACAAUCCCGAGCUGGGAGAAGACAGUUUGUCUUCCGGGUGCUUCUUUUACAUCGACAAAAUUGGACUCCAGCCGGGCCACACCGGCCAUGAUGUGGGGAUUGCCAUGAUUUACGAGACAAUGGAUCUACUCAAUAACCAAACGGAUUCGCUGGAAAUCAAAUGUUCGCUGGCUGUAGCGCAACCCAUGCCUCUCGGGCGGGUGCACGCAAGACCCGUACCAAACUCUGCCCCUUCCUAUGACGGGUGGUUGCAGCAGAUGGAUGUCAACGGCAACGACGAACACUACGACUUCCACCUGGCCAGAAAGAAGCUCUGGUUGCAAUUUGCUCGUUUGGGUUUUCGUCAGGCCGGCAAGGACCCUGCUCGCUGCAAAGUCUGGUUUGCCACUCCUCGAAUGCUGGAAAAUGCUGUGGAGUGGGAAAAUGACAUCAAGUAUGACUGGCAACCCAAAGAGACGAUUGCCGCAUCAGUUGAAAUGCAUGUAUACGAGCCACCAAUCAGGGACAUUGCGACCAUCAAGCAGCGAAAACUGCAGAGGCUGCUUCUUGACAUGCACAAGGCUCUGCGUGGAGUGACAAAUUUAGAGGCUGAAAUUCGCGCUGGUUUGAAUUCCUGCGAGCGCGAGUGGUGUCUGGGUGUUCCGCCCACAGCGCCGAGGCUGAUCUUUGAAUCUUGGGCGGAAGAUUUACGUAGCCAGUGUCUUGGCAGCAUUUUGGAAUCCGAAGUGAGAUCUGGGAUCUCGACACUGGAGUGCAUGAUGGAAACGUUACGUUGCUGGUUGAAUGAUGGUGAUAUCGAUUUGGACGCUGCAAGGGCCUUGCAUUACUGCGUGGCGAAUGCACCCGCUCUAUCUGGGGCAGGGACUAUAAUUCUGCAUGAGCUCGUGGCCAAUGGGGCAUUGCCACACCUACCAGACGAGCAGGGAGAGACGGCUCUCCAAAUGGCUGCUGGCCUCGCCAGGCCCGCAUGUCUUUGCUAUUUGCUUUCGGAUCCUGUCAUUCGGUAUCGCCGUUAUGGAGAAAUCACCGCGAAGCUUCACUGUGGCUAUCAGAGAGCCUUGAAACAUGAUCUGAGUGACGACCGCGCUUUGCUACCUUCUGCGGUCGAGCCCUUCGUUGAAUCGGCACUGACCGUAAUGUCCCAGUUCCAGAGAGAUGCCUUGGUUGGGCAUAUUCUCCCUCCGCGGACCCUUGCGGUAUUGGCUCUGACUGCGCUCGGUGAAGUCCGAAAGAUGGAAGAGAAGCUGGCCCAAGCCCGUCUUGACGACAUGACUCCUGCGGUUUGCGAAGAAGUGAACCCCCAUUUGACUUUCGUUCCGGCUUCUUGCCUGCAGGAUCAGCUCCGAUACCUUCGCGGCGUCCGUCCCGUUGGGCGGUCUCAUCCAUGGCCCCUCCCUGUGUGGUUUCGAAACAGUGAUCAGCGCUCGCGACGCUCGCGCCGUGGCCUCGGCGUUGGUGGGUUGCGACGGCGAACAACAGAGAAUGCGUGGGCGCAGAUUGCGAUGCAUCAUCUCGAGCUUUGGAAGGCCCUCUAUCUAGUUUUGAAACGAGGCAACGUUCCCACCAGACAGAACCUCUCCGACGCAAUGGGGAAAUCGAACGGAAAGCCACGUGGACCGCCGUGGUCAUGUCAUGGAUUCGAACAUGUGCUUGCGGCUCUCUUUGCCGUUGUUGAGAAACUAACCGCAAAGGAGCGAUCGGAGCUCCUUUCCGAUUCUUCUCAUUAUGAUCUGCCAGAGACCCCGUUGGACGAAAUGUAUGUCGUUGUGUGGUGGUUGUGUUCCAAAGAUUGGAACCCAAGGAUGAAGAGAGGCCCUGACAACGGGGGUUGGGAAAGAUUACGCAGGCGCGAAAGGAGGACCACGAUCACGGCCCCGGUGCCAAGCAGCAGCAAGCGAGGGCCCAGCAGCCCGAAGCACCAAAGCCCCAGAAGACAAAACAUAUAA